AUGUGCUUGUUCAGGCCCAUAAUAUGCGCCAGGCUCACGCACACAAAUAUUCUCCCCGUUUAUGGUUAUACUGACGGUUUCGGCCCAAUCAUAGCGCUGGUCAGUCCUUGGGCGGAGAAUGGAAAUUUGAUGGUCUAUUUGGAGCGUGAGGGUGCAGAUCUUACUGUCCUUCGACGAUUCCAGAUCCUCAGGGAUAUCAUAACUGGUCUCCAAUAUCUUCACGCCAAUAGUGUCAUCCAUGGGGACUUCACUGCUCCUAAUGUACUCAUCCAUGGUGAUGGUACUGCGUGUGUUGCCGACUUCGGUCUCUCCUUGAUGUAUUCGGAGGUCAUGAGCAUCUCUCAGGCUUCCUGGACAUCCACGCUCAACGGCAAUGUACGAUGGAUGGCUCCCGAGCUGCUCACAUCAGAGCGGGAGGAUGGGUCUCUACCACGGCCGAGCGAGCAGAGCGACAUAUAUUCAUUAGGCGGUAUCAUGUUGCAGGUCCUCACCAAUAGUACUCCCUAUUAUUACUUCCGGCAUGAUGCAGCCAUCAUAUGGGCUAUGCAGAAGUCAGAGAUGCCUUCACGAUCGCGUUAUCCUCCGCUGCCCGAAAAAUACUGGGAGUUUAUUGAGCAAUGUUGGUCUACUGAUCCGCGGGACCGUCCAUCGACAAAGGCAGCUGAGGGAGUCAUCAGGAAUGAAUAUCAUGCGCUAUCCAGAUCUCCUUGAUUCUUGAACUGCCUUUUAUACAAUCAUGUAUUUACGGUACAACCAAUUGGAUAGCUAGCUCGGCAUGCUACUCAGGUAUAGCAAAUGUAGGACCUGCCCCCCGUUAUUUUGUGGUAAGAGCUUGAGACUAAACGUUUCUUGGGAAAACGAACCAGCAGCUACA